GCGCGGCGGGCACGCACCUCCCCGCCCCCGGCCGGGACCGCCCGCUCCCGCUGCCCGCUGCCCGGCGCGGCCCGGAGAAGGUUCGGCUCCGCCGCCGCAGGCAUGGAAGCGUUCUGCGGGUCCCGCUUCUGGGAUGCCAAUCUUUCGGUGCACACCGAUAAUCCAGACUUGACACCAUGUUUCCAGAACACCAUCCUGGCGUGGAUCCCUAGUAUUUAUCUGUGGACUGUGUUACCCUUUUAUCUUCUAUACCUGAAGCGCUCUAAGAGAGGCUACAUUGUGCUUUCCGUGUUGAGCAGGUUCAAGACGCUGUUCGGUGUCCUGCUGUGGUGUGUGAGCUGGGCAGAUCUCUUCUACUCUUUCCACGAGCUCCUGCAAAGCAGAACGCCGGCACCAGUCUAUUUUGUGACUCCCUUGGUCGUUGGCAUCACUGUGCUGUUAGCUACAUUGCUGAUUCAGUACGAAAGACUGAGAGGAGUUCAGUCCUCUGGAGUGCUCAUUAUCUUCUGGUUUUUGUCUGUGCUCUGUGCCGUGGGGCCUUUCCGGUCUAAGAUCAUGACUACAACAGCACAGAACCAUGUAAAUGAGAGGUUCAGGUCUGCCACGUUUUACAUCUAUUUUGUUUUGAUAAUCAUUGAGUUGAUCCUUUCAUGUUUUAAAGAAAAGCCUCCAUUCUUUUCCCCUGCUAAUACAGACCCUAAUCCAUCUCCAGAGCUAACUUCGGGCUUCCUCUCCAGAUUGACGUUCUGGUGGUUCACAAGCUUUGCAAUCCUUGGUUACAAAAGACCUCUCGAAGAUAAGGAUUUGUGGUCACUGAACGAAGAUGAUGUUUCAAAAAAUAUUGUGCAGAAACUAAGUAGAGAAUGGGACAAAGAAAAAGCAGAGUGUAAACAGAAAGAAGAUGUGACAUAUAGGAAGAAAUCUAACCAUGCGCUGAAUCAUGUUGGUGAUGGUCCAGAGGAAGCUGAAGUUCUGAUUAGGGACAAGAAGCACAGCAGGAAGCCUUCCUUCCUCAAAGCUUUGUUGAGGACCUUUGGGCCGUACUUCUUAAUGGGCUCCUUCUUCAAGCUGAUACAAGACCUGCUUUCUUUUGUCAACCCUCAGCUGCUAAGUGUAUUAAUCAGCUUCAUUGAGAACAAAGAUGCCCCAAGCUGGUGGGGAUUUUUGAUUGCAGCUUUGAUGUUUAUCUGUGCUGUGCUGCAGACUCUCGUACUUCACCAGCAUUUCCAGUACUGCUUUGUUACUGGGAUGAGGCUGAGAACUGGGAUCACUGGAGUGAUAUACCGAAAGUCCUUAGUCAUCACAAACUCAGCAAAACGCUCAUCUACUGUUGGAGAAAUUGUCAACCUGAUGUCAGUGGAUGCCCAGCGCUUCAUGGAUCUGGUGGCUUUCCUGAAUAUGCUGUGGUCUGCACCACUCCAGAUAUUCCUGGCGUUGUAUUUCCUCUGGCAGGCUCUAGGGCCUCCCGUGCUGGCAGGAGUUGCUGUGAUGGUUUUACUUAUCCCAUUCAACGCUGCAAUAGCAAUCAAAACCAGAGCAUUCCAGGUGGAACAAAUGCGGUACAAAGACUCCCGUAUUAAAUUAAUGAAUGAGAUCCUGGGUGGCAUUAAGGUGCUGAAGCUGUAUGCUUGGGAGCCGUCAUUUUCAGAUAAAGUGUUGGAGAUCAGAAAGAAUGAGCUGCGAGUGCUGAAGAAGUCUGCCUAUCUCAAUUCUUUGUCCAACUUUGCGUGGAUCAGCUCGCCGUUCCUGGUAGCAUUGACAACGUUUGCCGUCUAUGUCUUAGUGGAUGAGAAGAAUACCCUGGAUGCAGAAAAGGCUUUUGUCUCGCUCUCCUUGUUUAAUAUCUUGAAGUUUCCACUCACUAUGCUUCCACAAGUCAUCAGCAACAUUGCGCAGACCAGUGUUUCCCUGAAGAGAAUUCAGCAGUUCCUGAGUCACGAUGAGCUCGAUCCAAAUUGUGUGGAAAGAAAAGUGAUUGCACCAGGCUAUGCCAUCAGUGUAAAAAAUGCGACGUUCAGCUGGGGAAAGGAGCUUAAGCCGUCCUUGAAAGACAUAAACCUGUUGGUCCCCAGUGGCGCUUUGGUUGCUGUUGUUGGCCAUGUUGGCUGUGGGAAGUCGUCUCUGGUGUCUGCUCUCCUGGGUGAAAUGGAAAAGCUGGAAGGGGAAGUGGCGGUGAAGGGCUCUGUUGCUUAUGUGCCUCAACAAGCCUGGAUCCAGAAUGCCACGCUGAAAGAUAACAUUUUGUUUGGCCAAGCUCCUAAUGAGCAAAAAUACCAAAAUAUCCUGGAGGCCUGCGCUCUAAAAACUGACCUGGAAGUGCUACCAGGAGGAGAUCACACUGAGAUAGGAGAGAAGGGCAUCAACCUGUCCGGUGGCCAGAGGCAGCGAGUGAGCCUUGCUCGCGCAGUGUUCAGCUGCUCUGACAUUUACCUGCUAGAUGACCCUCUUUCUGCUGUGGACUCGCAUGUUGCAAAGCACAUCUUCGACAAAGUUAUUGGUCCAGAUGGGGUGCUAAAAGGAAAAACUCGAAUUCUGGUGACCCAUGGCAUUGGUUUCCUGCCUCAGGUAGACCAUAUAGUUGUCCUAACAGAUGGCAGAAUCUCCGAAAUGGGAUCUUACCAAGACCUUCUGAAACAAAACAAGGCCUUUGCAGAAUUCCUUCGAAAUUAUGCACUUGAUGAAAACGUUGAAGAGGAUGAACUCACAAUGGUGGAGGAGGAGGAGGUCCUGCUAGCUGAAGACACCCUCAGCAUCCACACCGAUCUGGCGGAUAAUGAACCCGUGACGAAUGAAGUCCGCAAACAAUUUCUUAGGCAACUUAGUGUAAUAUCGUCUGAGGGAGGAGAGUGUCCCAACAAAAUGUCAACGAGACGAAGAGUCGGUGAAAAGAAGCCAGCUGAGCCGCCUGUGCCAAGAAGAAAUCCUAACGAGAAACUUAUUCAGGCAGAAACCACUGAAAUGGGAACGGUAAAACUAACAGUGUUCUGGCAAUACAUGAAGGCCGUCAGCCCUGUCGUCUCUUUAAUUAUAUGUUUCCUAUAUUGCUGUCAAAAUGCUGCUUCUAUUGGGGCCAAUGUGUGGCUCAGCGACUGGACCAACGAGCCAGUGAUAAACGGGACUCAGCACAACACAUCCAUGCGAAUCGGAGUCUAUGCUGCCUUGGGCCUCUUGCAAGGCUUCCUCGUGUUCGUCUCCUCUUUCACCCUGGCCAUGGGAGGCAUUAAUGCAGCGCGGGCGCUUCACACGGCUCUGCUGGAGAACAAGUUUCGCACGCCGCAGUCCUUCUAUGACACCACCCCAACCGGGCGGAUCAUCAACCGCUUCUCGAAGGAUAUCUUUGUGAUCGACGAAGUCAUCCCCCCGACCAUCCUGAUGUUCCUGGGGACGUUCUUCGCCUCCUUAUCAACAAUGAUUGUCAUUGUCUCAAGCACGCCGCUCUUCGCUGUGGUCAUAGUUCCACUUGCAGUUCUGUACUUCUUUGUUCAGCGAUUCUACGUGGCCACCUCCCGGCAGCUGAAGCGUCUGGAGUCCGUGAGCAGAUCUCCCAUCUACUCACACUUCUCAGAAACAAUAUCAGGGACCAGCGUCAUCAGAGCCUACAGGAGGCAGAAGUCCUUCAUAGACAUCAGCGAUCUGAAGGUGGAUGAAAAUCAGAAAAGUUACUAUCCCAGCAUCAUAUCAAACAGGUGGCUGGGCAUCCGAGUGGAGUUUGUGGGGAACUGCAUUGUCCUUUUUGCUGCUCUCUUUGCCGUGAUUGGUAAGAGCAGCCUGAAUGCUGGCUUGGUAGGACUUUCAGUAUCCUAUGCGUUACAGGUGACCAUGGCUCUGAAUUGGAUGGUCCGAACAACUUCUGAUCUUGAAACCAACAUUGUGGCUGUUGAAAGAAUAAAAGAGUAUUCAGAAACUGAAACAGAGGGUCCCUGGGUAAUUGAGGAUAAGAGACCCCCAGCAGACUGGCCAUCCAGGGGGGAGCUGGAGUUUGUGAAUUAUUCGGUGCGCUACAGGAAGGGCCUCGAUCUGGUGCUGAAGGAUCUAAACCUCCAAGUGCACGGUGGAGAGAAGAUUGGGAUUGUUGGCCGAACUGGAGCAGGGAAGUCUUCCAUGACCCUCUGUCUCUUUAGGAUCCUGGAAGCUGUAAAAGGGGAAAUUAGAAUUGAUGGUGUGAGAAUUUCAGACAUCGGCCUCCAUGACCUUCGAUCAAAGCUGACAAUUAUUCCUCAGGAUCCAGUUCUCUUUUCUGGAACGCUGAGGAUGAACCUGGAUCCAUUUAAUAAGUAUUCAGAUGAAGAAAUAUGGAAAGCUCUUGAACUGUCUCAUUUGAAGAGGUUUGUCAGCAGUCAGCCGUCCGCGUUGGAAUUCGAAUGCUCAGAAGGUGGAGAAAAUCUUAGUGUAGGCCAAAGGCAGCUCGUCUGUCUGGCAAGGGCACUGCUCCGCAAGACGAGAAUCUUAAUCCUGGAUGAAGCAACAGCAGCUAUCGAUCUUGAGACAGAUGAUCUUAUCCAGAUGACAAUUAGGACUCAGUUUGAAGACUGCACGGUGCUGACAAUAGCGCACAGGCUGAACACCAUUAUGGAUUACACGAGGAUUCUUGUGCUGGACAACGGGACCAUCGCAGAAUUUGAUACACCCGCAAACCUUAUAGCAUCAAAGGGGAUUUUCUACAGUAUGGCUAAAGAUGCUGGGCUGGCAUGAGAAGAAGACCUCCCCCUCCCCUGCUGAGGGUGCUUUGGUUUUGGUUUGGUUUGUUGUUUUUAAUGUUACUGACUUGCCACAAAAGUGACUUGUGAAUGUACUGUAAUUUACAUAUGUUCCUGCAGUAGAUUCAACUUGUGAUAAAUGAACUGAGCAUUUUACAAUUGUAAGGACCGGAAAGUGAAUUUUAUAUUUUUAAAAUAUUUUCUAUAAAGUAUUUUAUUAUAUGUUUUUUCCUCAAAAAUGUAUGUGUCACAAGGCAAUAUGUACUGCACUCCGUUUAUAAUUAGUAAAUUAUAUUCAUGGUACAAAAUA